CCAUUGGCCGGCGGGCGGCAGUGACGCGCGGGCGGAAGCGGCCGUGCGCGGGUAUCAUGGCGGCGCGGGCCGUGUCGGCGCAGGGUUAUUGGCGGCGGCUGGUUCCCGCGGCGCUGUGGGCGCGCCCGCGCCGCCUGCAGCACGAGGGGCAGCCCCAGGCGCAACCCGAGCACCCCGACCAGCCUAUACAAAUGGAGAACCCUUAUAAGGAGCCUCCAAAAAGAUGUAUCUUAUGUAAAAUAAAUGUGGACUACAAGAAUGUGCAGCUUCUUUCCCAGUUUGUUUCUCCUUAUACUGGCUGCAUGUAUGGCAGACAUAUAACAGGCUUGUGCCACAAGAAGCAGAGGGAAGUUACAAAAGCCAUUAGAAGAGCUCAAGUACUUGGAUUUAUGCCAGUUGUGCUUAAGAACCCACAAUUUCUCACAGACCCCAAGAUAUGUAAUAUCAAGUAUCCAGAGUAAAAUGCUGUAAAGAAAUAAACAAUAAAACUGUGUUUCAUGUUCAUA